UACGCCCGAAUAACCCGAAUUUAUUCAGGAAAAAUGAACACACGGUGUUACAUUUACAUAGUUGUAUCCUGGUUUUAGUGUACUUAAAUUAUAAUAGUUCACUAGAAAAUCGUUAAUUUUUUUUUAGAUUAUUUUAAAAUUAACUGAAAAAAUUUAAGUUAAAACAAUAUUGAUGAUUUUUCUAGUUGUAUUAAACCCGACUUCGCUAGGGAAAAAGUUUUAUCAUAUUUUGUAUUAAAUUUAUUUUAUUUUCCUGGGCAGAUACCAUCACUUGUGUAUUGCCUACUGUUUUAUCGCUUAAUAUUCGGUGGACGGAAUUCUAUAAAACUAUACUUGUAAUUUGCUCCGUGAUUCCCAAGAUCAUUUACAUCGAAAAUAUUUACACAUAUAAACAUGUUAUUUGGUUACACACGCACACACACACAUACAUGAUACAUACAUACAUACAGAUAGAUAUAUAAAUAUAUUAUAUAUACUAUAUAUAAUAGGAAAUUGGAAAAUUAGGCAUUGAUGAACUUUAAUGAACCAAAGCAUUAAAAGUAUUAUGUAUAAAAUGUUACUAAUAAUACUAUUAAAAAUAACUUCCGUUUCGUAAAAAUAUAUCCACUUCAUGGAAUUUGUAUUUAUUUUACCAAGUAACCAAGUAAAAAGAAAACGCUUUCCAUUUUAGAAAAAGGACAAUUUCAUCAUGUGUAUGUAGCAUAUAUGUAUAUAAUUCUAUGAUGUUUGGAGAAAAAAAAUAAUAAAAAAUAAUAAAAAUAAUCGAUUGAAUAAGUACUAAAAACUUAAAAAUUUAUUUUUUCGCUUUUCUAAAAUUAUCAUAUUUAAACAUCAACAGUUUUAUUUGAGUGCUACUAUAUUAUACUCGUAGUAUAUACCCACAAGUGAAUAGGGAGUUAAUAAAAAUUCCGACUACGCUACCACUGCUAUUGCAACCACACACCCUCUCAGCUACUAUCGAUUUAUACGAGGCUCGGUCCACCACCCUCGUACCGGAGUAUAAUAAUAUAAUACUUUCUCAUACGACACCGCCACCGCUAUAUACUCGCGCUUUCACUUUCAAUAUCGUCUGAUCAGCCCAGCAGCCGACUGAAAGCGCCUGCGUAAGUGUACAAGCUGCACAACAUCCGUCGGUCGAUGCCUGUUCGACUAUCAAUCGUUCCUGUACCCAUGAAAGCUGCAACAAUUGUCCAUCCACACAAUCAUCGCGCACGCUCCCAUCAACAUCAUAACAUUAUCUUUCAAUUAAUCUUCAAACGGUUAUUAACGAUGGUCAACUUCUUAUUGGAAUGGGUUUUGAAUCUUAUUUGCAGCAUAAGAAAAAAAUUACAAGAUAAUAUGGAUGAAGCCAAUAGAUACGUCAAACGUUGCGUCUCACUGCACUUUAUAUCUAUAGAUAUGGAUCAGACCAAGUGCAUGAUAGACGUGAUGAUUUUCAAAAAUAUGGAGAAGUUAGUGGAUCGAAUGCAAGACACGGUCCAUGGCAUCUCACUACGUCGAGAUAUCACGUUGGAUUACAUACAUCCAUCCGUUUUUACUGGGGCUGAUUUGGUAAACUGGAUAAUGUAUUAUACAGAAAUUGUGACCACAGAGAAUGUGUUGUACCUGGCAAAUCUUUUAUUUUCAUAUGGUUUCUUUUUCUCGAUCACUCGUCAACAGACGAAGGUGACAAAUGACGAACAGCACUGUUACCGUUUUCAAAGAGUUUUUAAAAGAAAUAGAAGUGAUAUAUACAAACUCAAACCUACUCACAAUGAAGAAUUUUUUCGUCAGCCAAGAUAUCCGAUCGGACGAAACAGUUUUGAAUUACUUGAUCUAAUUCCUACAUAUAGUCGAGAAACCAAUCAACCCAUUUUCAACAUGACUAACACGUCGAACUGCGUGUUAUUUGAAGACACUAGUAUCCAAAUGAAUAACUGCAAAAACAAAAAUAAUAAUAUUGCUAAUGUAAACACUAAUUUUCAGUUAAGUAAUGAACGCGAAUCGUCUGUUAGUAAUUCUCAAGACUUUGAAAAACCUCCUGAAAUAUUCAUCCACUGUGUCAAAAGUGAGGAGUUUGAACAGCUAAUAAUCGACAAACUAAGACAAAUAGAUGAUUCUAACAAUUUAAAUUUUAUUGCUUCAUUUAAUCACCUAAAAAUACAAAUGACUCAACCAGAAACUUACAGGAAGACUAUUCGUUACUUGGAUGAUAAUAAUAUACUGUAUUACACGUCAUACAAAUCACUCAAGAAUACCCAAAAAUCAUUCAGGGUUAUAUUGAGAAAUUUACCUCCUGUUACCAAUGUCCUAAAGAUUAAAAAAGAAUUGGAGAUAUUAGGUUUUUCUGUUCGCCAAGUAUUUAAUAUGAAACACAAGAAGACGAAUGUUUCUCUACCAUUGUUUACCAUCGACCUUGAACCGUCUCAUAUAAACGAAGAAAUAUUUAGGAUCGAUACUCUUCUAAACAUAGAUGUUGAAUUUGAAGAACCGUACAACAAAGGUGCAGUUGAUCAAUGUGAAAAUUGUCAAGAUUUUGGCCAUGUGUGGCCCGACUGUGUUUUCCAAUCCCGCUGUGUGCGUUGCGGAAAAAACCAUGCUUCAUCAGAAUGUACUGAAGCCGAGAAUACUCCAGCGACGUGUGCAUUAUGCGAAGGUGAUCAUCCGGCCAACUACAAGGGUUGUCGUGUCUAUAAGAUCUUUCGACACUUACGCCGACAAAUUCCAGAUGAUAUCGUUCGGUCCGCACGUCCAGUUCCCAAACCAAAAACUCCUGAUUUUUGGAUAUCUAGCAUACCCCAACCUGGAGAUUAUCAGUAUGCUGUAUACUUGUGCAAAAAACAAAUGGAAGUAAAAGACCUUUCAGACAUGGCUGACUACGAAUACGAGCGCUUGGAGUACCUCAAAAAAGUUUAUUGCAGUGAAUGGGGAAAUAUAAACAUGCAAGCAGAGACAGAAAUAAAAAUAGCUCAUCAAGAAUAUGAUCGCUAUGAAAAAGAAGUAAUGGACACCCAAGAAUGUGCGUUUUGGGACUUACAUAGACCCAAGUCACCUUGUAAUAAUCUGAAAGUUCCACUGGAUUAUGAAAAACUUUUGGAGUUCAAAGAAUUAACAGAUUGGGAUGAAGACAAAAUCAUAGAUGCAUACAUUGAUGCUACAUUAGCUACACGUAACACAUAAGUUCUAAUAAAAUCUACAACUUAAAAUAAAAUUUUCCUUCAUCACUUUUAUACACUUAAUCGUGGUUUGUAAAUUGUAAUGUUUAUGAUAUAUUAAAAGCUUGUCUAUUAGGAUAAGGUGUAGUAUUGUUGAUAUUAGGUCAUGCUAAAAAAAUCCAAGAAACAAAACCGUACAGUUUUAUUUUAUUACCAAUAACCAAGUUACGCACAUACAAUUUUUAUGAUAGCUAACUCUGUUAAUUUGUUUAUGGUAAUGAAUAUUCAUUUAUUAUAAAAAAAAAAAAAAAAAUGAAGAGUAUUAAACCAAUACACCACAAUGCUCGUUUGUUAUCAAACAAACAUACCCUAAUUAAGUAUAUCUAAAAAUUAUGCUUUAAUUUCAAACUUAUAAAUUUGAAUAAAUAAU